AAGGCGGGCGGGCGCGCGCACGAGGUUUAACCUCGCUUGGUGGCGGCGGCUUCUUUGUUUCGUGAGGAGAGGCGAGACGCCCACUCAGCUCCCGGCAAAGCGCAGAGGGGCGGGGGCGACGCCGAGAAGGCGACGGUGCAGGCGGCUCCCGCAGGAGACCACUGUCCGGAGCUCCUGUGAAGAUGUCCACUCCAGACCCACCCCUGGGCGGAACUCCUCGGCCAGGCCCUUCCCCAGGCCCUGGCCCCUCUCCUGGAGCCAUGUUGGGCCCUAGCCCAGGUCCCUCCCCUGGCUCUGCCCACAGCAUGAUGGGGCCCAGUCCGGGGCCUCCCUCAGCAGGACACCCCAUCCCAAGCCAGGGGCCUGGAGGAUACCCUCAGGACAAUAUGCACCAGAUGCACAAGCCAAUGGAAUCCAUGCAUGAGAAGGGCAUGUCGGAUGACCCCCGCUACAACCAGAUGAAGGGGAUGGGGAUGCGGACAGGGGGCCACGCAGGGAUGGGGCCUCCACCGAGCCCCAUGGACCAGCACUCCCAAGGUUACCCCUCACCACUGGGUGGCUCCGAGCACGCCUCUAGUCCGGUUCCAGCCAGUGGCCCAUCCUCGGGCCCACAGAUGUCGUCUGGACCAGGAGGGGCCCCGCUGGAUGGCGCUGACCCCCAGUCUUUGGGGCAGCAGAACCGGGGCCCAACACCAUUUAAUCAGAACCAACUGCAUCAGCUCAGAGCUCAGAUCAUGGCCUAUAAGAUGCUGGCCAGGGGACAACCCCUGCCUGACCACCUGCAGAUGGCAGUGCAGGGCAAGCGACCGAUGCCCGGGAUGCAGCAGCAGGUGCCAACACUACCUCCACCCUCUGUGUCUGCAGCAGGACCUGGCCCUGGCCCUGGCCCUGGCCCUGGACCAGGUCCAGGCCCAGCACCUCCAAAUUACAGCAGGCCCCAUGGUAUGGGAGGGCCCAAUAUGCCACCCCCAGGACCUUCAGGAGUGCCCCCCGGUAUGCCGGGCCAACCCCCUGGAGGGCCUCCCAAGCCAUGGCCUGAAGGACCUAUGGCGAAUGCUGCUGCCCCCACAAGCACACCUCAGAAGCUGAUCCCCCCUCAGCCUACAGGCCGUCCCUCACCUGCGCCCCCUGCCGUCCCGCCCGCUGCCUCUCCUGUGAUGCCACCCCAGACGCAGUCGCCAGGGCAGCCGGCCCAGCCUGCCCCCAUGGUACCGCUACAUCAGAAGCAGAGCCGCAUCACCCCCAUCCAGAAACCCCGGGGCCUGGAUCCUGUGGAGAUUCUGCAGGAGCGGGAGUACAGGCUUCAGGCUCGCAUCGCUCAUCGAAUUCAGGAACUUGAAAACCUACCCGGGUCACUGGCCGGGGAUUUGCGAACCAAAGCAACUAUUGAGCUCAAGGCCCUCAGGCUGCUGAACUUCCAGAGGCAGCUGCGGCAGGAAGUGGUGGUGUGCAUGAGGAGGGACACGGCCCUCGAGACCGCCCUCAAUGCCAAGGCCUACAAGCGUAGCAAGCGGCAGUCCCUGCGUGAGGCCCGCAUCACCGAGAAGCUGGAGAAGCAGCAGAAGAUUGAGCAGGAGCGCAAGCGCCGGCAGAAGCACCAGGAAUACCUCAACAGCAUUCUUCAGCAUGCCAAGGAUUUCAAAGAAUAUCACCGAUCCGUCACAGGCAAAAUUCAAAAACUCACAAAGGCAGUGGCCACGUAUCACGCCAACACAGAGCGGGAACAGAAGAAGGAAAAUGAAAGAAUCGAGAAGGAAAGAAUGCGGAGGCUCAUGGCAGAAGAUGAGGAAGGGUACCGGAAACUCAUCGACCAGAAGAAGGACAAGCGCUUGGCCUACCUCUUGCAACAGACAGACGAGUACGUGGCUAACCUCACGGAGCUGGUGCGGCAACACAAGGCAGCCCAGGUUGCCAAGGAGAAAAAGAAGAAGAAGAAAAAGAAGAAGGCAGAAAAUGCGGAAGGACAGACACCUGCAAUAGGACCCGAUGGCGAGCCUCUGGACGAGACCAGCCAAAUGAGUGACCUGCCUGUGAAAGUGAUCCAUGUGGAGAGUGGGAAGAUCCUCACAGGCACGGAUGCCCCCAAAGCAGGGCAGCUGGAGGCCUGGCUUGAGAUGAACCCGGGGUAUGAAGUAGCUCCAAGAUCUGAUAGUGAAGAAAGUGGCUCAGAAGAAGAGGAGGAGGAGGAGGAGGAGGAGCAGCCGCAGCCAGCACAGCCUCCCGCUCUGCCUGUGGAGGAGAAGAAGAAGAUUCCGGAUCCAGACAGUGAUGACGUCUCUGAGGUGGACGCUCGGCACAUCAUUGAGAAUGCCAAGCAAGAUGUUGAUGAUGAGUACGGUGUGUCCCAGGCCCUUGCUCGUGGCCUGCAGUCCUAUUAUGCCGUGGCUCAUGCUGUCACUGAGAGAGUGGAUAAGCAGUCAGCGCUUAUGGUCAACGGCGUCCUCAAACAGUACCAGAUCAAGGGCUUGGAGUGGCUGGUGUCCCUGUACAAUAACAACCUGAAUGGCAUCCUGGCCGAUGAGAUGGGCCUGGGGAAGACAAUCCAGACCAUCGCUCUCAUCACGUACCUCAUGGAGCACAAGCGCAUUAACGGGCCCUUUCUCAUCAUUGUACCUCUCUCAACGCUGUCAAACUGGGCUUACGAAUUUGACAAGUGGGCUCCCUCCGUGGUGAAGGUGUCCUACAAGGGCUCUCCAGCAGCCAGACGGGCUUUCGUCCCCCAGCUCCGGAGUGGCAAGUUCAAUGUCUUGCUAACAACGUACGAGUACAUCAUUAAAGACAAGCACAUCCUUGCGAAGAUCCGCUGGAAGUACAUGAUCGUGGAUGAAGGCCACCGCAUGAAGAACCACCACUGCAAGCUGACUCAGGUCCUCAACACGCACUAUGUGGCUCCCCGCCGCCUUCUGCUGACAGGCACGCCGCUGCAGAACAAGCUCCCUGAGCUCUGGGCACUCCUCAAUUUCCUGCUGCCCACCAUCUUCAAGAGCUGCAGCACCUUUGAGCAGUGGUUCAAUGCGCCCUUUGCCAUGACUGGAGAAAAGGUGGACUUAAACGAGGAGGAGACCAUCCUCAUCAUUCGUCGCCUCCACAAAGUGCUACGGCCCUUCCUGCUCCGGCGGCUCAAGAAGGAGGUUGAAGCUCAGUUGCCUGAAAAGGUGGAGUACGUCAUCAAGUGCGACAUGUCUGCUCUGCAACGUGUAUUGUACCGGCACAUGCAGGCCAAGGGGGUGUUGCUGACCGAUGGCUCUGAGAAGGACAAGAAGGGCAAAGGCGGCACCAAGACCCUGAUGAACACCAUCAUGCAGCUGAGGAAGAUCUGCAACCACCCGUACAUGUUCCAGCACAUCGAGGAGUCCUUUUCCGAGCACCUGGGAUUUACUGGUGGCAUCGUCCAAGGGCUGGACCUGUACCGAGCCUCAGGGAAAUUCGAGCUCCUCGAUAGAAUUUUGCCCAAACUUCGUGCCACCAACCAUAAAGUGCUACUCUUCUGUCAGAUGACCUCCCUCAUGACGAUCAUGGAAGAUUAUUUUGCGUAUCGUGGCUUUAAAUACCUCAGGCUCGAUGGAACCACAAAAGCGGAGGAUCGGGGCAUGCUGCUGAAAACCUUCAACGAGCCCGGCUCCGAGUAUUUCAUCUUCCUGCUCAGCACCCGGGCCGGGGGGCUCGGCCUGAACCUCCAGUCGGCUGACACUGUGAUCAUUUUUGACAGUGACUGGAACCCCCACCAGGACCUGCAAGCGCAGGACCGAGCCCACCGCAUUGGGCAGCAAAACGAGGUGCGGGUGCUCCGCCUCUGCACAGUCAAUAGUGUGGAGGAGAAGAUUCUGGCUGCGGCCAAGUACAAGCUCAACGUCGAUCAGAAGGUGAUCCAGGCCGGCAUGUUUGACCAGAAGUCCUCCAGCCAUGAGAGGCGUGCCUUCCUGCAGGCCAUCCUGGAGCAUGAGGAGCAGGACGAGAGCAGACACUGCAGCACGGGCAGCGGCAGUGCCAGCUUCGCCCACACUGCCCCUCCGCCAGCGGGCGUCAACCCCGACUUGGAGGAGCCACCUCUAAAGGAAGAAGAUGAAGUGCCCGACGAUGAAACUGUGAAUCAGAUGAUUGCCCGGCACGAAGAGGAGUUUGAUCUAUUCAUGCGCAUGGAUCUGGACCGCAGGCGCGAGGAAGCCCGCAACCCCAAGCGGAAGCCACGCCUGAUGGAGGAGGAUGAGCUCCCCUCGUGGAUCAUCAAGGACGAUGCGGAGGUGGAGCGGCUGACCUGCGAGGAAGAAGAGGAGAAGAUGUUUGGCCGUGGUUCCCGCCACCGCAAGGAGGUGGACUACAGUGACUCACUGACGGAGAAGCAGUGGCUCAAGACCCUGAAGGCCAUCGAGGAGGGCACGCUGGAGGAGAUCGAAGAGGAGGUUCGGCAGAAGAAAUCAUCGCGAAAACGCAAGCGGGACAGCGACGCCGGCUCCUCCACCCCGACCACCAGCACCCGUAGCCGCGACAAGGACGAGGAGAGCAAGAAGCAAAAAAAGCGCGGGCGGCCACCUGCUGAGAAGCUCUCCCCCAACCCGCCCAACCUCACCAAAAAGAUGAAAAAGAUCGUGGAUGCUGUCAUCAAGUAUAAGGACAGUGAGGAUUAACAACAAAAAAUACCUUAUCAUAGCCCUGGCUGGUGUGGCUCAUUUGAGUGUCGCCCCAUGCACAGAAAGGUCGCCGGUUGGAUUCCCGAUCAGGGCACAUACCAGGUUGCAGGUUCGGUCCCCAGUUGGGGUGCCUACAGGAGGCAGCCGAUUGAUGUUUCUCUCUCAUAUCAGUGUUUCUCUAUUUUCCUCUUCCUCCUCUUUAAAAAUCAAUAAAAACUUUUUUUAAAAAAGAACCUUAUCAAAGAGGAACAAAUGAUGAACUAAAAGGCAUAUUUGAGUUCAUCUGCUCGACCUAAAAAUGUAAUUAGUGUCAAUAUUGAGAAGAAAAUAUUGAUGCUAAUUUGCUAACUUGACCUUUGAGAGAAACUCCACAAAGAAAAAUGUAAAAGGUGAAAUAUGGAAUGUGUGAAAACAGUAGACUCCACCCUGCCCAGUCAUUCAGUUGAUUGGAACAUCAUCCUGUGCAGCAAAAGGUUGUAGAUUGGACUUCUGGUCAGGGCACCUGCCUAGGUUGCGGGCUCAAUCCCCAGUUAGGGUGCAUGCAGGAGGCAGCCAGUCGGUGACAAAGGACAUACCCUAGGGGGAGGAUUAAAAAGAUUCUCUAAAAAAACAGUAGAGCCCAUGUUUUUUCCUUAAUGAUGUUCUUGUGAGGGAAACUUAAAAUUACCAAAAUGAAGAAGACCCUUGAAGGUCAGUGGGGCAAGGAUGGACUUUAUGGAAAGUCAUGCUGGUCUUUUGGAUAUCCGUGCGGAGAAGAACCUUGACGCUGCCUCACAUUAUAUACAUAUAUUAGUUUAAAAUGGAUAAUAGAUAUAAAUGUGAAGGGUACAGUUCUAGAAGAAGGCAUGGGAGAAACUCUUCGUGGCCUUGAAGUAGGCAGACUUCCUCAACAGAACACAAAUGCCACCACCCAUAAAAGACUUCACUAACAGGAAGAACAACUGUUCAUCAAAAGACACACUGCCCAGCUGGUAUGGCUCAGUGGUUGAGUAUUGACCCAUGAACCAAGAGGUUGCUGGUUUGAUAGCUGGUCAGAGCACAUGCCCGGGGUUUCAGGCUCGAUCCCCAGUUGGGGGCAUGCUAGAGGCAGCCGAGGAUGAUGUUUCUCUCGUUAAUGUUUCUAUCUCUAUCCCUCUUCCUCUCUCUGUAAAUAUCAAUAAAAACAUAUUUUU